CAGUGUGUAACGCCGCCGCGGCUUUUGCGUUUGACGGUUUUGGUUUCAUCAAUUCUCGCUUGUUUUUCGCUGUUCCAUUAAGUUCCUCAACAGUUGCCACGGCUGCGAUACGUGAUGUUGGAAUGGCACCCAAGAGAUGUGUCGUCCAGGGAUGCAAGAGCACGUCCGGAUCUGGUCAUUCGCUUCACAAGUUUCCCAAGGACCCGAAACUUCGCCAGGCAUGGGCCGACGCUGUGUGCGAUAUGGGAUUCGUCCCUCAGGACUACAGUCUCAUAUGCUCGCGUCAUUUUCCGCCAGAAUCUUACACUCGCCUCCACGCAUUGUCCGUCAACUGUCCCCUUCCCUAUCAGCGGAGGAAGCUAAAGUGUGAUGCAGUUCCCGUACGUAGACCUCAGGUGUCGUACGAGGUCCUCGCCGCAAAACGCGCACGGGAAGUGGUUUCGGAGGUGCUGGACGACGAGGAAGUUCUUCAACAUCCCCCUAGUGGUGGUGGAACUCGUGGGGCACCAGUUAGUGCAAAGCUCUCUGAGAACGAGGAUUUUCAGCAACCGUACGACAGCAGUUCCUCGUCAUUAUCUUGUCUCCCAAUUCAGUUUCUUCAGCUUGAAGAUUCUGGGCUGCUGCAAGGCGAUAAGCCAGUAACCGUAGUGGCUGAACAUUUUGGACUGCAUCCGUGUGACGUGCCUGCAGCAUCGACGCCCUCUGUCCCCGAAUGCUCAAAGCCGCAGCUGAAUGAAGAUUCGGUGGUGCCAGUGACCCCACUAGUGGAACAUGUCCCAGAACUAGUGCUCAGUGAUGGCGAGGAAGCUCUAACCGUUAUUGUCAGAUCACCCAUAGCAGUUGUACGAUCCAUCGGCACGCAAACAAACAACGCCACUCCAGCUGAGAUGAACGAUCCCUACUGUCUGCGUCUGUCCGCUGCGUUGCAUGGUGGGUCUACGACAAAUAGCAGCCACUGCUUAUCUGCAUCAGAUGCACAGAAUACAGACACAUCAUUGGGCUCUCUCAGCAUCAAGCAGGAGCCCAUAGACCCAACAACAGUAACAGUGGACACUGUUCGCAUCACACUAGAUGCUGAAGUCGGCAGCACUCACCUUUCAUUACAAGAUACAACCCAGAUUGGCACUGUGGCUCACGUCAAAGACGACCCUGGGGACUCAUGUGACUUGUCAUCGCCGUCUUGACAGUGACUCCCACGCCAAGUGAACCGUUGCUUGUUCAACAUUCCUUUUGUGCCACAACUUUGCCACCAACGUCAGUGAUGACACCGAAAGACGAAAUUCAAGUUCACGUUCAUGGACGGCACGUACUUGUAUGGAGAAGGCACCAGGAGAGGGCACUAAAAAGGAGGCAAUCUUAAUGUUGUAGCAUGCAGGUAAAAUGCUGUGUCAAAUAUUCAUGUGCAUUUAUCACCAUGCUGCAUCCAGAUACUUCGGGGAGGCCACACAAAUUUGAACUCAGUCUUGCUGUACAUGCUCAAGUCAACACUUCCAGUGGCAUCAUGUAUGUUACCUUUGCGACAAUGUUACCUCUACCAUGAUGCAUUCAUCGAUCACUGUGUAGUGUAUACCGUAAGGACAUAUUAAACGCAGCUACUUUGUGUUCAUGAAUGGUGAACUGUAUUAUAAAUGUGAGCUCUGGAGACCACACUCAAAUUUGCGGAUCUCCCUUAGAGGCUGCUGGCACCAGUCACUUGGAAUCUGCUGCAAACAUACAGCUGAAAGCAUACUUAACAAUAAUGCAGUUUCAUUGGCCAGAGCUGGAGCACAGCCACCGUAUCGGCACUCGGGGAAAGGUUAAGGGAGAAUAGAUCCGGACCAAUGCAGGUCUUGAUAAAGGUGAUUCCGUUGCAAACCAGAUGCACCGGCUCAGAACAAUGUGUGCCGGUGCAUAGCAUUGCUCCCGAGUCAGUGUCAAGUCGCAGGGCAUCAACAUUGCUUGCUCGCAGUAUCGGCUAGCAUUCAACCUCUGCUCUGCAAAUAUAUCACUGUCUUAAUUUAUGACCAUCAGAUAAUUCUGCCAAUCUGCAAUUACAAUGCAGCACUCUACCUGAAAGCCUUCACUGUCUACGAUGCUGAAUGGCAGCUUACCCCUGGCAUUCCAGAGCACUAAGCCUUGGGCAAGGAUUUGCUUCGGUAGUGCUAAAUCUGCCCUAAUUAAUCUUUAUUGGAACACCUUCCAAAAAUGUUUCCAGGUUAACUGCUUUUCUCUGGUUGUGGCCACAACCCCUAAAAGUGGCCUGCUGGUUCAACAGUGCAAAGCAUCGCGUCAGAACCAUCGCCGAAGCAGUAUUUCCAAUUAACUUAACAGCAGUCGACCGCACGUACGGUACUGAGUUUCGUGUUUUGAAAGUGUUUUUCUGUAAUACAGUUGGUAGUAGAGCAGUGUGUGUUUUUCUGCUAGUCUGCUGGUUUUUUGCACUAGUUCUUGUAGCAUUUCCAACUAGUAAAGGUCCCCUUUUGUGACAGCUUAGCAUCACAAGUAACAGUUACAGUACAGUUGCAGACGUUUUCACAGUAGAGAGUGGUAGACAUGCCAGUUGUUUUACAAAUAUGGCAAGCUAGUGGAAAUCAUGACAAGAGUGUUCCAUGCUCUAAUACUGGCCAAAGAACUACAGAAUGAUGUGUGAGCACCACAACAGCUGUUCUGCUGAUCCAGCUCUUGGAACUGUCAGUCAAUUGCAAGGAAACUCCAUGGAGAUUGAAGGGGGCCUUCUGCCUCAGAGCUGGAAGCUUUGUGUACGGGUCGUGGUUCUUGAUUGAAUGUCUUCGUUUCUGAUUAAACGUCCUUGUUUUCUUA